AUUUUCUUAACGUGAGGAGGUGAUUUCAACUAAACUUAUCGUCCUAUCCUAUGCUGUGAAUGUGUGUUUGAGAUGCACAUAUUUUUAUAUAUCUACUUAUGGAACUUUGUGGGCACAUUUAGAAAGGUUCUCUCGCUGUACGCUGUUUUGCUCCUGAGAAUCCAACCGGAAACAGAGGACUUGACAAGGAGAAACAGCAUGCAUUCAAGUGCUUAAGUGAAGCAAAAGGCUUGAAAAGGGUUUGAAAAUGUCGGCUGCAUUGAUAGGAGAUGACUUGGCAGUGAGGUCUACGAGCCAGCGGCUGAGCGUCGGCUCUGGCAGCCGGAGGAGUUGGGCCACCACCAGUCUCCGGGAAGCAUGGGGCGCCCCUGAUGUUUUCCUGAGGAGCAGGAGGGAAGAGGAUGAGGAAGAACUCAGGUGGGCUGCACUAGAACGGCUUCCCACUUAUGAUAGGCUGAGGCAAGGAAUCAUAAAGCAAGUUCUUGAAAAUGGAAGGAUUGUUCAUGAACAAGUUGACGUUGCACACCUUGGAAUGGAGGAUAGAAAGAUGUUGAUGGAAAGCAUACUUAAAGUCGCGGAAGAUGAUAACGAGAGGUUUCUUCAGAGGCUCCGGGCAAGGACUGACCGAGUUGGAAUCGAAAUACCGAAGAUUGAAGUCCGGUUCGAGCAUUUGUGUGUAGAAGGAGAUGCAUAUGUUGGCACUAGAGCACUUCCCACUCUGCUGAAUUCUACUCUGAAUGAAAUAGAGGGGUUUCUUGGGUUAAUAAAGCUUCUUCCAUCCAAGAAAAAGGUAGUCAAGAUACUCCAAGAUGUGAGUGGAAUUGUCAAGCCAUCAAGGAUGACACUACUGCUGGGGCCUCCAGGCUCUGGGAAGACCACGUUGCUGCAGGCACUUGCUGGAAAGAUGGACAAGGAUCUAAGGGCAACAGGAAAUAUCACUUAUUGUGGUCAUGAAAUGUCCGAUUUUAUUCCUCAGAGAACCUCUGCUUAUAUUAGCCAGCAUGAUCUUCACCAUGGUGAGAUGACAGUCAGAGAGACACUGGAUUUCGCAGGACGCUGUUUGGGAGUCGGAACCAGAUAUGAACUGCUUGUAGAAUUGUCAAGAAGAGAAAAGGAAUCCGGAAUCAAACCAGACCCCGAGAUCGAUGCAUUCAUGAAAGCCACUGCCAUGGCUGGCCAACAGUCUAGUUUGGUCACAGACUAUGUCCUAAAGGUUCUUGGAUUAGACAAUUGUGCUGAUAUUAUGGUCGGUGAUGAGAUGAGGAGGGGAAUCUCCGGUGGACAGAAGAAGCGCCUCACCACUGGAGAAAUGUUGGUAGGACCGGCGAAAGUCUUUUUCAUGGAUGAAAUCUCAACUGGUCUAGACAGCUCAACAACUUUCCAAAUCAUCAAAUACAUGAGGCAGAUGGUUCAUAUAAUGGACGUAACCAUGAUAAUCUCCCUUCUGCAGCCUGCACCCGAAACUUAUGCUCUUUUUGACGAAAUUAUUCUGCUUUCAGAGGGAAAAAUUGUCUACCAUGGUCCACGUGAGAGCGUUCUUGAGUUCUUCGAAAGUGUGGGAUUCAAAUGCCCAGAAAGGAAAGGAGUGGCAGACUUUCUUCAAGAAGUAACUUCUAAGAAAGACCAAGAGCAGUACUGGUUCAAAAGGAAUGAGCCUUAUCGUUAUGUUUCUGUUUCAGACUUUGCGCGCCGUUUUAACUCUUUCCACAUUGGUCAGAGUCUAUGUGAUGAGCUUGGAAUUCCUUAUAACAGAAAUAAGGUCCACCCUGCUGCCCUGGCAACUAAAAAGUACGGCAUUUCCAAAGUGGAUCUGUUCAAGGCUUGUUUAACUCGGGAGUGGCUACUGAUGAAACGCAACUCGUUUGUGUAUAUAUUCAAGACUACCCAGAUCACGAUUAUGUCAAUAAUCGCCUUCACUGUUUUCUUAAGAACGGAGAUGAAAUCCGGUCAACUAAUGGAUGGGAGUAAAUUUUACGGUGCACUGUUUUUCAGUCUCAUUAACGUGAUGUUUAAUGGGAUGGCUGAGCUUCACUUGACCUGUAUGAGGCUUCCUGUGUUCUUUAAACAGAGAGAUUCCCUGUUUUUCCCCGCAUGGGCUUUUGCACUACCAAUUUGGCUUCUCCGAAUUCCCUUAUCUCUGAUGGAAUCAGGGAUAUGGAUCAUUCUCACAUACUACACUAUUGGGUUUGCUCCUGCUGCUAGUAGGUUUUUCCUCCAAUUUUUAGCAUUCUUUGGUAUACAUCAGAUGGCCUUAUCUCUCUUCCGUUUUAUUGCGGCCCUUGGGAGAACACAGGUUGUUGCAAGCACUCUCGGCACCUUUGCAUUGUUGGUGGUUUUUGUCUUUGGUGGUUUCAUUGUUGCCAAAGAUGACAUUCAACCAUGGAUGAGAUGGGGAUAUUAUAUUUCUCCCAUGAUGUAUGGACAGAAUGCCAUAGCCAUGAAUGAAUUUCUGGAUAAAAGAUGGAGCACGCCAAAUUCCGACCCUAGGUUUCCUGAACCUACUGUUGGAAAGGUUCUUCUUAAAGCCAGGGGGAUGUUUGUGGAUGACUACAUGUAUUGGGUUUGUGUGAUCGCACUCUUUGGAUUUUCUGUGCUCUUCAAUAUCUGCUUUAUAGCGGCUCUGGCCUACUUGAAUCCUUUGGGAGAUUCUAAAUCUGUUAUUAUGAAUGAUGAUGAUGAAGUGAAAAAAAAGAAGCGACCACUCUCCAAUGGGAAGAAGCCGUCCACUGAUAGGAGUUCAGCAUCUACAGCCUCAUCUUUUGAAGGUAUCAACAUGGGAGUGAGAAAUACUCCAGACAAUGACAACUUAGAUGUCAAAGACGUUGCAACUGGAAAAAGAGGAAUGGUGCUGCCUUUCCAGCCCUUGUCACUUGCAUUUGAUCAUGUGAAUUACUAUGUCGAUAUGCCUGCUGAAAUGAAAAGCCGUGGCAUAGAGGAGGCUCGUCUCCAACUGCUACAAGACGUCAGUGGUGCUUUUAGGCCAGGUGUUCUAACUGCAUUGGUUGGUGUGACUGGUGCUGGAAAGACCACCUUGAUGGAUGUGCUAGCAGGAAGAAAGACAGGUGGCUAUAUCGAAGGAUGUAUCAGCAUUUCUGGCUUUCCGAAGAAUCAAGCAGCUUUUGCUCGUAUUAGCGGUUAUUGUGAACAGAAUGAUAUCCAUUCUCCACAUGUCACUGUACAUGAGUCCAUUGUGUACUCUGCCUGGUUGCGCCUGGCUCCGGACGUCAAUAAGGAAACACGAAAGAUGUUUGUUGAAGAAGUAAUGGAGUUGGUUGAGUUGAGCCCACUAAGGGAUGCUAUAGUUGGUCUUCCGGGAGUAGAUGGUCUCUCAACCGAACAAAGAAAGAGGCUCACCAUAGCCGUAGAAUUGGUUGCUAAUCCAUCAAUCAUCUUCAUGGAUGAGCCAACAUCAGGGCUUGACGCUAGAGCUGCAGCAAUUGUGAUGCGAACUGUGAGAAACACAGUGAAUACUGGCCGAACUGUGGUUUGUACAAUCCAUCAGCCGAGCAUAGACAUUUUUGAAGCUUUUGAUGAGCUCUUGUUGAUGAAGAGAGGGGGGAGGGUCAUAUAUGCUGGACCUCUUGGCCAAAAUUCUCACCACCUGGUAGAAUAUUUUGAAUCUAUCGCGGGGGUACCUAAAAUCAAAGAGGGUAGCAAUCCUGCUACAUGGAUGCUAGAGAUCACCUCUUCUGCAGUUGAGGCACAACUUGAUGUGGAUUUUGGGGAAAUCUUUGCCAACUCUGAUUUAUACAGGAGGAAUGAAGAACUCAUCAAAGAUCUGAGCACCCCACCACCAGGGUCCAAGGACCUGUAUUUUCCCACCAAGUACUCGCAAACAUUUAUUACUCAAUGCAAAGCUUGCUUCUGGAAACAGUAUUGGUCCUACUGGAGGAAUUCCCAGUACAAUGCCACCCGUCUUAUCAUGACAACCAUUAUUGGAAUUUUAUUUGGAGUCAUUUUCUGGAAAAAGGGUGAACAAACGCACAAAGAACAAGAUCUGAUAAAUCUACUGGGAGCUAUGUAUGUUGCUGUCAUGUUUCUUGGAGGAACCAACACUUCAGGAGUGCAGUCUGUUGUGGCUAUAGAAAGAACGGUCUUCUAUCGUGAGAGAGCAGCUGGGAUGUACUCAGCAUUGCCUUAUGCAUUUGCUCAGGUGGCAAUAGAGACCAUUUAUGUUGCAAUCCAAACCUUCGUCUAUAGUCUUAUCCUUUACUCCAUGAUUGGAUUCCACUGGAGAGUUGAUAAGUUCUUGUGGUUCUACUACUAUGUGUUAAUGUGCUUUGUCUACUUCACGUUGUAUGGGAUGAUGCUUGUAGCACUCACCCCAGGUUACCAAGUUGCUGCAAUUUGCAUGUCUUUCUUCCUCAGUUUCUGGAACCUCUUCUCAGGCUUUAUGAUUCCCAGGACGCAAAUUCCAAUAUGGUGGAGGUGGUACUACUGGGCUUCUCCAGUGGCAUGGACCAUCUAUGGUCUUGUGACGUCUCAAGUGGGCGACAAGAUGGAUCUGGUUGAAAUACCAGGAGAAGAUGCCAUACCGGUGAAGGUUUUCCUUGAGCAGUUCUUAGGCUAUAAAUAUGACUUCCUUGGUGCUGUUGCUGUUGCUCAUGUUGGUUGGGUUCUCCUCUUCUUCUUUGUCUUUGCCUACGGCAUCAAGUUCCUUAACUUCCAAAGGCGAUAAUACAACCCUUUUGGUAUAGUUUUCCUUUUCUGUUUCACUGUUGUGGAAAAUUUGUUUUGCAAACUUCGAGUGAAAUGUUUUCAAGAAAUCGCAAAACAGCUCACUUUUUUUUUUCAGAAAACACUAUGAAAAUGUUCAUGGUUCUCCGAAAUGUAUUUAGCACAGAAAUAGAUACAAUGUGUGUUCCUUUUCUGUUUCACGGUUGUGGAAAACUUGUUUUGCGUACUGUGAGCGAAAAUGUUUUCAAGAAAUCGCAAAACAGCUCACAUUUUUUUUCCGAAAACGCUAUGAAAAUGUUCAUGGAUCUCCGAAAUGUAUUUAGCACAGAAAUAGAUGCAAUGUGUGUUUCCGGGAGGGACAAAACUGGCACUUAAUUUUGUGUAUUUUUGUCUUCUUGUCUUCUGAACUCAUUACCUAUUUUCGGUGACUCUUGUGUUUGCAUGAUUCAUGGAAGCUACAUUUUCCCAGAGGAAGUUAAAUUUAGGUAAAGGAUUUACUCUUCUAUUCA